AUGCCCAGUUCGUGUCCUCAGUGGGAACUUGGCGUCUCACAGAAAAAGCUGCAUAUUUCUGUCUCCAGUCAAACGUAUGUGUUUUCUGCUGGUGCGCUGGACGGCAGGUUGAGACGCCUUCCCACGCGGCUUCACCUGUCGCGGCUGACGGGUUUCCCCAAAACUCCCCUGGGGGACGUGACUUUAAAGCUGGGGGACGUGACUUUAAAGCUGAGGGACGUGACUUUAAAGCUGGGGGACGUGACUUUAAAGCUGGGGGACGUGACUUUAAAGCUGAGGGACGUGACUUUAAAGCUGGGGGACGUGACUUUAAAGCUGGGGGACGUGACUUUAAAGCUGAGGGACGUGACUUUAAAGCUGAGGGACGUGACUUUAAAGCUGGGGGACGUGACUUUAAAGCUGGGGGACGUGACUUUAAAGCUGAGGGACGUGACUUUAAAGCAGGGGUUGUGGCUUUAA